AUGUCUCCCCUCGUCUGGCUCAUUACAGGAUGCUCCUCCGGAUUCGGCCGGGUCUUCGUGGAGCAGAUUCUCGCUCGUGGAGAUCGGGUCAUUGCAACCGCGCGCCGAGCCGAAAGCAUAGAAGAUCUGAGGAGCAGCGGAGCCGCCGUCUUGCAGCUUGAUGUGACGAGCGACCAGAAGACUCUCAAUGAAACAAUAGCAAAGGCAAUUGCGAUUUACGGUCAUAUUGAUGUGCUGGUGAACAACGCUGCUUACGUUGCUGUUGGUGCUUGGGAAGAUGUUUCAGAUGAGGAGUUCCGUGCAAAUUUCGAUACAAAUGUUUUCGGGGUUUUGAAAGUCACCAAGGCUCUUCUGCCGCACUUUCGACAGAGGAGGUCAGGGACAACUGUCUUCAUCAGCUCCCGAUCAGGAUGGUAUGGUGACCCGUUUGUUGGUCCAUACUCUGGGACCAAGUUUGCCUUAGAAGGCCUCGUCGAGAGUCUUUGGAGGGAGACCGAGCCCUUAGGCCUACGGACUCUCCUGAUCGAGCCAGGCCGGUUUCGAACACUGCUACUCUCGAGCGCGAAUCUGAAAAUCUCGCAGUCCAGCAUUGCUGAUUACGCAGGCCGAUCCGAAGAUCUUCAGAACAUGCUUGCUAUGGAGGAUCGCGCGCAACCCGGGGAUGUCGAAAAAGGUGUAUCCAUUAUUUUGGACCUUGUCAGAGCAGAAGGCGUCGCAGCAGGAAAGAAGAUCCCUUUUCGGCUACCGCUUGGUACGGACUGCUACGAGACGAUCAAGGAAAAAUGCGAGGAGACAUUAAGACUUCUGGAUGAGUGGAAGGAUAUUAUUAAUAGCACGAAUUAUGCUCGCUGCUAG